AGCUUUUAUCAGCAGAGUUAUUAAGAAUUUUAGAGCUUUCCUUCAGACCUGAAUGUAUUUACUGUCGCGUCUCAAAUUCCUCUUGUUUUACGUAAGCGCACAGUCUCGUUUGAAGUGCUUCGUUACGCAUGGUUGUUCAUCUAUGGUCUCGUAAUUUCACUCCUGUGACGUUGUCACUUAUGUACUUACUCUUGUGUUGUGAUUCUUAGUGUUUUUCACCCCCUAGUCAUGAAAAAUGAAGUUCACUCUUGAUAAAAGUCAUCUCUACGUAUCUAAAAUCACCUGCCUCAAGCGAUAUGAGUUGUUACUCAAUAUGUAAUUGAAAAAAAUUGCACUCCACCAUCCAGUCAUGGCCAAUGCACAGGUAACAAGGGUUCGAGAUGUAAGGAGGUCGGAGAUCAGCAGAAGCAAUCCCCAAAAUGAAUACGAACUCAUCAUGCGUGUUGGGAGUGGUACUUACGGCGAUGUGUACAAAGCUAAAAGACUGUCAACAAAUGACUUUGCUGCCAUCAAAGUCAUAAAGCUAGAGCCAGAUGAUGACUUCAGCAUAAUUCAGCAAGAAAUCCUCAUGAUGAAAGACUGUGUCCACCCAAACAUCAUCGCAUACUUCGGAAGUUAUUUGAGAGGUGACAAACUAUGGAUUUGCAUGGAGUACUGUGGGGGCGGAUCCUUGCAAGAUAUUUAUCACAUAACCGGGCCUUUAACUGAAAUUCAGAUUGCGUACAUGUGCAGAGAAGUAUUGAAUGGCCUUCAUUAUUUGCAUUCAAUGGGUAAAAUGCAUCGCGACAUAAAGGGUGGCAAUAUCCUCUUAACAGAUGGUGGAGAUGUUAAAUUGGCAGAUUUCGGUGUCUCCGGCCAGAUCACUGCAACCAUGAACAAACGGAAAUCUUUCAUUGGCACACCCUACUGGAUGGCUCCUGAAGUUGCAGCUGUAGAACGCAAAGGAGGCUACAAUCAGCUCUGUGAUAUUUGGGCUGUGGGCAUCACUGCAAUCGAGCUGGCGGAGCUACAACCUCCCAUGUUCGAUCUCCAUCCGAUGCGAGUUCUUUUUUUGAUGGCCAAAAGUGGCUUCAAACCACCCACACUUAAAGACAAAGAAAAAUGGAGUCCGACAUUCCACAAUUUUCUGAAAACAGCUUUGACCAAAAAUCCAAAAAAACGCCCAACUGCUGAAAAGCUAUUACAACACUCAUUUUUCAUGCAAGACAUGAGCAAAAGACUUGCCCUGGAGCUUUUACAAAAAGUCAGCAAUCCUGUCCGAUUGGCAGACCUCGUUGAAUUUGACGAUGAUGGAGCUGUUUCCAAUGUACCUCAAAGAAUAGCUUCCAAGCACCCUGCCAAAGAGCAGCAACCUGUACAGUCACCCCUCCUUAGUCCAGACUUUUACGUUGGAAACCAGCCAGGUCCUUUCAAUCCUGCAUGUGAUUGGGAUUAUCUGAACAUCAAUGAACUCUUGAAUAACUCUCAGCACUCAACUAACUGUGAUACUAAAGUAAGCCAAUUUCCUGUCGAGCCUGGGAGUUCCAAUGAAAAGAGUUUGUUGCAGUACAUAGAUGAAGAGCUUAUUCAGAGGGGUCACACUUUGCUCGCUCAUGAUGGAAUUUACUCCUCUCAAGCAACAUUACCAAUGGGAGAAUCUUCAACCUCUAGUCACUCCAACGAUAAGCAAAAGAAACAUAGUAAUAAUAAAAAUAGUUUCGGAAAUAUGAUAGGUAAAGAUGGAUCUCCGCGGAGGCAUAGUUCUGUGGAUGAAAUCCUAACUUUGACAGGGACCUUAACAAUGAAUGGACAGCGCCAACGAUCUUUCAGCGACAGUAGUUCUAAAGAUAAAGAUAGUGCAACUAAUGGAGAAGACACUCCAGAUCCAGAUCUCUUGUCAGACACUCCACCAGUUCCACCAAGGAGACGAGAUCGUGAACGGAAAAAGCUCAGUCCACCGCGAGCAAUUAGCAACGGACUUCCACCAACACCAAAGGUUCUUAUGGGAGCAUGCUUCUCUAAAGUAUUCAAUGGAUGCCCAUUGCGAAUAAACUGCACUGCAAGUUGGAUUCAUCCAGACACUCGUGAUCAGCAUAUCCUCAUCGGGGCUGAGGAAGGCAUUUAUAACCUGAACUUGAAUCAGCUUCAUGAAACGGCCAUUGAUCAGCUGUACAACAGAAGAACCGUGUGGUUAUAUGUUAUAAAAAAUGUCUUAAUGUCUUUAUCAGGAAAAACUCCCUCCUUAUACAGGCAUGAUCUCUUAGCUCUUCACAGUAAACAAAGCCAUAGAUUUUCACUUCACAUGAAUAAAAUCCCAGAGCGAUUAGUGCCACGCAAAUUUGCUCUAACUACAAAAGUACCCGAAACCAAAGGUUGCACGAAAUGCUGUGUUGGCCGGAACCCUUACAACGGUUACAAAUAUCUUUGUGGAGCCGUGCCCUCUGGAAUUUUCCUCAUGCAGUGGUAUGACCCACUAAAUAAAUUCAUGCUUCUAAAGCACUUCGAAUGUAGCCUACCAAACGUUUUAUCAGUCUUCGAAAUGAUCAUCACUCCUGAGCUGGAAUACCCGAUGGUAUGCAUUGGGGUACGGCAAACUUACGAGACUGAUCGGUUGAAACUGGAGUUAGUCAAUAUGAACACUGGAGCGAGCUGGUUCCACAGCAGUGAACUGGAGGAAAUGGACGGCACUGCUACUGUGAUUCCUAGGAGAGAAAACAUGAAAAUUGUAAAUGUAACUCAACUUGAAAAAGAUGCCAUUUUAGUUUGUUAUGAUAAUAAAGUAAGAAUUGUAACCCCAGAAGGAAGACUGAGAGUAAAUCGGAAACAAGUCUCCGAAUUACAGUUCGAUUUUCCAAUCGAAUCAGUCAUGAGGUUACCUGACAGUAUAUUAGCGUUUCACAAAAACGGUGUCCAAGGUCGCAGUCUCAAAAACGGUGAGGUUACCCAAGAAAUUACGGACGAGAGUAAAAUCUACAGACUACUUGGCUCAGACAAAGUUGUCGUUUUAGAAUCACAUACAGUUGUCAAAAUUGGUGGAACGCUAACAAACGAAGAAGGUGUUGAUUUGCACAUAUUAGCAGGUCAUGAAGCCAGCUAUUGAAAACGUGUUGUGAUCAACCCCUGUGAUACUUCAAUAUUUUUUAAAUAAUAACAUAAACUCUAGGCAAUGGAAAUACCGAGGAAGGGCCUCUCCAUUCUUAUAACUCUCAGACGAGCAUUUUCUGAUAGCACAUGCUUCGCCAUACGAUAUAAAUCAUGACAAUUCCAGAAAUAUUAUUUUUCCUGGUCAUUUCAAGUAUAUUGUGGAGUAGGGAAAUCCACCUUGCUGGCUAACAUUCCAAAUUGACAACAAUUUUUCGCUGAGCUUUCAGCAGCAUUUAUUUUUGUCAGGCAUUUUAUGCGGUUGUGAUUUUUAUAGUGUUCAGCUCAGAAGUUAGCUGUAGUUUUAUCAUCCGCUGAAUGAUGUUUAAAAGAUCGGCACAAUUUAUAGAAAAAGGGAGGGAGGCGCAUCAGAUAGAUGUCUGUUCUAUACCUCAGAUCAAGAAAAUGAUGUUUGUUUUUUACAAAGCGUAAAUUUUUUUUGCAGCUCUUUUUUUCUCCCAAUGUGAGACCAAAUUAUGCUUGAAAAAAUGUGGUGGCAUUUAAAAGCUCGGUUUAACUUUCAGAAUCUGAGCACAAAUAAUCAUUUUUGCUCUCUCCGUUUUUGCAAGUAUCGCAGGGGUUAGACUUUUCUAUUUCUCUCAAUUAAUUUUUAUCAAUUUCUCAUAAGUCUUAGAAAUGAAUUGGCUCUUUAGUCUGCAUCUAUUAUUAUGAAUGUAUUCAUAAAUUUUUAUUUAUUUUUGUCCAAACUGGAACUUGUAUCCAAGAAGUUAGUCUAAAAUGAUAGCUUGAGUCUUGGAUACGUUUCAAGGAGGUCUGAAAGAUUAUGGACUCAUUGUAACUAUGUAACUGGUCAAAGUAACUUUUCUUUAGAGUAAGAAUUAGUUAAAUCAAGCAAUUUAUCAAGCUUUGAAAUGUCUCAAAGCAAUAUUCCGAUGCAAUAUCAAAGCUGCGUAGUCGAAUAACUUAUUCCUUCCCCAUGUAUUUUAGGAGUUCUCAUUUUUAAGUGAUAAUCUUCCAAUAUUUCUCAUCUGAAUUCCUGUUUUUUAGCACUUUGAAGAGUAAUAAUGACUUUCAAGUAGUGUUGAUCUGAGCUCCUCUUGAGGGGUGUCACAAUAAUUUUUGACAAGUUGACAUUCUAGUAGUAUUCUCCUUAGAGAUUGGAUCAAUUUUUUAUUUUUUGUUUUUAUUUUAUUCGUGUUUAAUUCCUUGUUGGAGCCCAGACUGUUACUCUCUUUUUUACAACUUCAUAUCUCACCAGAAAUUUUAAAAAUGUCCUUCAAUUUGUAUGUGUUUUAGCGUAACCUUUGAUAGUAAAUCAGUCCAAUGUGGCUGUUGCCCAAGUUUUCUAAACAUAAUUUCUUACAGAAUUAGUGAAAUGAGGAAAUGAAUUAUUUUUAUUUUUCAUGAUUCGCUAAGAAUCUGACUUUGUUUCUUCCAGAAAAUAUUGCACCUUUAGAAUUUAUGGGAAACAUGGCAUCAUAGUUCUGAGCUCAUGAAAAAUGAUUCAUUUCCCAUCUCAACCUAAAGUUAUCUUUUUUAAUUGAGAAAAAUUUCUAGAGCAUUUUAAGUUUCAAAAUAAAAAAAAUUUCAGAAAUUCUGAAGAUUUUGUGGAAAUUUUAGGACUAUGCAGCAGUUUCAUUUUGCCAGUUCGAAUUACCAUGUUAAGAAUGAAAAUAGAUUCGGAAAUCCUUAGAAUCAGCCUGAAAAGAGAUCAGAAUGAUCCGUGACUUAACGCAGCCAAAUUAAACUAAGAUAUUUAUGACUGAAACGCAGUUGAAAUCUGCUUCGGAAUCUAGUCACAAUGACGAGAACCUGUUUUUCAACUCUUUGUAAUAUUGCUUUGACAGCAUUGUCUGUUUUUUAACCUACUUCAGAGGGCACCCUCAAAAUCUUUCUUCCAUUAAGGGAAGCCCUCAUGGUUUAUAUUGUGAUUAAUAAAACUUAAAUAAACCUUAUGAGUUAUCCUUAAGUUGAAGAUAAUCUGCAAAAAAAUCACUCAUACUACUCUAUGACUGUACAUUGAUAUCUUAAGUCACCCUUCUUUUGGCUGACAAACAGUAAACGAAAAAUGGCUGGAGAUAACCCUGAACCUAAGACACACACACAGCUUUGUCGUAAUUUUUAUCCUCUACGUUGUUUGAGUUCGAUGUGUGAAUGAGAAUUUAGAUGAUUUUACAAUAAAAAUCACUUGUUACCUUGCAGCUACGCUACUCUCUUCUACUUAGAAUCAGAAACAUGAAGAGUUUAGCUUUAUUUUUAAUCCAAUUUCUGUUAUUUUGCGCUCGCAUAUCGAAAGAGCACAAUUUGUCAGGGGUGCUUGUUGUGUCUUGCUUCCCAGCACUUACUAACAGGAAUCUUUCUCGAGUUCUUCAAGUUUCUGUAAUAAUGAAAAUUAAGGUAUUCUCUUUGAUCGUCUUCUUCUUCAAUUGUUUAAGAGGUAUGCUCAGAUUUUUUUUUUUCUCUACGUUGCGGCUGUAUCGCAGCUAUGGAUGCCUUGGUCUUUUUGGUACCUAAUUAUGAAGUCAGAAAGUUUCCUCUAAUUUUUGGUCAAUUAGACGCAUUCAUGCCAUCCAGGAUGACUGUAAAUAGACGUCUUCAGCAUAAAUGCAUCCAAAUUUUGCUUUUUUAGGGUUCUAUAUACUUGGAAACUUCUUAGGAUCCUACUUAAUUUUGAAAAGUUAAUUAGAAAAGUCUGACUCUCCCUCUCCCCCAUCCUCCGUAAUAAUAUCUGACUUACGAGUUGAUUUUUGAACAUUUUCUCAGUUUACUGUUUUCCCCUUGAAUUUUUUAAAAGAUUGUUAAAAUUUAAGUUCAACUAUCUAUCCAAUUGGCCCACCAAUUGGGAGGAAAGGUUAAGGUGAUGUCAAAUUGAAUUUCCAUUCAACUUUUCAUCCAAUUGUUGUGAUCUUGUGUCAGUAUCACGUGAUCCAACUUUCAUCGAACGAAAGCAUCUUUGCAUUGAAAUACAAAGAUGCAAGAUUCAUUAAUUUGUCUGACUCCAAAAGUCAGCCAAUUUUGUAUUCAUAGAAACAACAAGCCCCUCUGAUCACUGUUUAUUACUUUUAUUUUAUACUUAUUAUGCUCACCGCUAUGAAUCACAUGGGAAAGAAGUGAUUUUGUGCGUUAUCGAAACCAAAAAUCAAAAAUUUUAUUUCUUUUCUAAAAAGUCUGUUUUCUAAGUCUGUCUCUCUUUGAUAGUUAGUCAUCGUGCAUGGAUCACAUAAUGGUUGUAUGCAGUCAAAACUUUUGCAUAGCUUAUCGAAUUAUUUUGUAUCGCUUCAUUAUUUUAUUUCAUUGAAUUGAAAAAAUAUUUUUGAAAUAAAAAAAAUCAAAUAAAUCAAAGAA